UCAGAAAAGGGCGGGGUUUCCGCUUUCGAACGCUAACUGUCAGGGCUCGUGGCGAGCGGUCGGGUUUAAACCGCCAACGGUUCGGGCGCCGGAGCCUCAGAGCGGGCAGGGAGCUGCUCGACGGCGGAGCCACCCCCUCGGCCGGUCCCGCCGACGCUCAGCUCAGCUCUCACCCAGGACUUGUCACCUCCGUGAGGGAAGUCGCGCCUCUGCCCCGCGGACUGGUCGCCGGGGGCGGGUGAACGAAGCCCUUUGGGUCCGGUGGAAGCCGCCGCCGCCGCCACCCCUCCUCUCCCGCGCCGGAGGGGCUCCGAUCCGCCGCCUCCCUCCACACCCGUGCCCCCUCGGGCAGGGGGGGCCCGCCGGUCGCCGCGAUGGGCUGCACCAUGAGCGCCGAGGACAAGGCGGCGAUGGCCAGGAGCAAGAUGAUCGACCGCAACCUGCGGGAAGACGGCGAGAAGUCGUCCCGGGAGGUCAAGCUGCUGCUGCUCGGUGCUGGGGAAUCUGGAAAAAGUACCAUUGUGAAACAAAUGAAAAUCAUCCAUGAAGAUGGGUACUCUGAAGAGGAGUGCAAGCAAUAUAAAGCAGUAGUCUAUAGCAAUACAAUUCAGUCUAUCAUUGCUAUCAUCAGGGCCAUGGGGCGGUUGAAAGUUGAUUUUGGAGAUCCAUCAAGAGCUGAUGAUGCUCGCCAAUUGUUUAUCCUAGCAGGGACCACAGAGGAAGGGAUCAUGACAGCGGAACUUGCAGGAGUUAUCAAACGGUUGUGGCAAGAUGGUGGUGUUCAGGCUUGUUUUGGUAGAUCUAGAGAAUAUCAACUGAAUGACUCUGCAUCAUAUUAUUUGAAUGAUUUGGAUAGAAUAUCCUUGCAAAACUACGUCCCAACUCAACAAGAUGUUUUAAGGACCAGAGUAAAAACUACGGGUAUAGUGGAGACGCACUUUACCUUCAAGGAGCUGUAUUUUAAGAUGUUUGAUGUAGGAGGACAAAGAUCAGAACGGAAAAAGUGGAUUCACUGCUUUGAAGGUGUAACUGCAAUAAUAUUCUGUGUGGCACUGAGUGAUUACGAUCUUGUACUUGCUGAAGAUGAGGAAAUGAACAGAAUGCAUGAGAGCAUGAAACUUUUUGAUAGCAUCUGCAACAACAAAUGGUUUACAGACACAUCUAUUAUUCUGUUCCUGAACAAAAAAGAUCUAUUUGAAGAGAAGAUUAAGAGAAGUCCUUUAACAAUAUGUUAUCCGGAAUAUGCAGGAUCCAACACUUAUGAGGAAGCUGCAGCAUAUAUUCAGUGCCACUUCGAAGAUCUGAACAGACGGAAAGAAACCAAGGAGAUCUAUACCCAUUUCACUUGUGCCACAGAUACGAAAAAUGUGCAGUUUGUGUUUGAUGCAGUGACAGAUGUCAUCAUCAAAAAUAAUUUGAAAGAAUGUGGAUUGUACUGAAACGUAUUGACAGCGUGCCCAGGUUUUUGUUAAUAAAGAAGCCUGCAAGGAUUCCCCGGUUAUGCUGCUUGCCAAACAGGAAAGGAACCCUGAAGAGAGAUGACUGAUGUCAUGAGUCAAAACUGCAUGCAAGAUAUUUGAUAUUAAUUGUUAAGGACUGUUUCUAAAACUGCAUUUUAGGCUGAAACCAAUAAGUACAUGAUGUCUGAUUUGAUUCAGCCACCAACCACAGCCCCCACCCCCCUAAUGUUCAGGAAAGUUGUGUUCAACGUCCAUUUUGCCUUGAACAUUCCUUUACAAUUGAGUUGAUUAACCAAGUGUUGAUGAAAUCUAUGACAAUUGGAUUUUUGUGGAUGGUAUUUCAUUAAGUGUUCUGAUGUUCAUUUGUUGCCAGAUAUGUAUUUUGUAUCCUCAUGAAUUGUUGAAACUUAUUUUGCUACAAGUAGUUAUUUGCUUAUUCUUAAGGACCUUUAAACAUGUGAAAUUCAAGGAUUUUGUGUUUCUUGGUAGAAUUGAUGAAUCCACCCAGAAAGAGAACACAGUUCUACAGAGCACAUUUUCUGUCUGCCAAUGUUUAUGUAAAUUGUAUUUGUCCACUUGUAAAUCAGUGUUAAGAUCAACAGAAUAUAGUGAUGUGAUCCAGUAUUUGUUUAGAAUUAAGCAAUGCCACUGAGAAUUUAAGUGCUAUCCAUUGUUCAAUUUGCCAAAUAUAAUAUGUAUCAGUGCUAAAAUCAGGCCAAACCUUUUUGAAUGAAUUUACCAAUUUGAUGAAAUGCCCAUUAUGCUGCUCUAUCUUACUGCUUUUAGUUGAGAUUUUUGUGAAUGCAGGGAUUAUGGUCUGGAAUUUGAUUUUAAAAUCAUCAGUUCCUCCUGUUCAUUCCAGAAUUUUAAUAGAAACAGCCAGCACCUAAAAGAAUUUGGAAGAUUUUAGUUAUGAUCUGUGAAGUGGCAUACUUCUAUCACUUGAUUAUUUUUAUAACACAGCACUGCCAUGUAAACCACAACUAAUUAAAUCAUAAAAUCUAACAUA